CAAUUUGUCCAAUACACAAUUCAUUUGAAACAUGUCGAAAAGCAACAACAUCGAAUGUAAAAUGUAUUUGGUGUGAGAAAUGGAACACGUGCAUCGACAGUCAUCAUCAGGAUAAUCAUUUCUUUAAAGUGAAUGAUUGCCAUUUUAAGAGCCCGGAUGUUAACGAUGUGAGUACAUCGACACCCGUCAAUCAAAACGGAACAACAUUUGGGAUCCCUGAAGUUCAGGUUGGAGGAAACGUCAAGGAAACUACCAAUGGAAAUGAACAAUACUCGAGCCCGGAUGUUAACGAUGUGAGUACAUCGACACCCGUCAAUCAAAACGGAACAACAUUUGGGAUCCCUGAAGUUCAGGUUGGAGGAAACGUCAAGGAAACUACCAAUGGAAAUGAACAAUACUCGAGCCCGGAUGUUAACGAUGUGAGUACAUCGACACCCGUCAAUCAAAACGGAACAACAUUUGGGAUCCCUGAAGUUCAGGUUGGAGGAAACGUCACGGAAACUACCAAUGGAAAUGAACAAUACUCG